AUGAGUCGCUUAUUCGUCAAACAGGCGCCCCGGCUCGUCCGCCAGCACCUUCCACUUGUCCAGACGUUAAGCGCUUCCGCGGUCGUUGAUGCGCUGGAAGAUGCUGUAAAUUUGCGCCACCGCGACGCCUACGUGGAUGAAUUCAUCCUCCGUUGCGAGUCACGCGCUUUGGCACUGCUCCCCGAUUUGAGAGCAAGCGGUAUAGUGAGGUCACUUUUCGCGUUUAAGAGAGCCAAUGUGUGCACUGAUACCUUCGCCAACGAGGUGGCUAGAUUCCUACUAGAGGAAUGCGCCCCGGGGAGGUUGUACGACGGAUUCCUCGACUGCUGCACUGCCAACGAUUUCCUUCUGCUUUACAAGGCAUUCGCAAUGUAA